AUGGUUUCCGCCCGGUUGUGUGUCGGUGCACUAGUUUCUUUAGGACUGGCGGGGGCUUUUGGGUUUAGUGAACACAGCAGAAUCGAAACUAGUCUUGUCCAGGCACAGCAUGAAUGUGUUACGUACCUGAACCUUCCGAAGCACCGCCUGUACCAGUAUCUAGUGUAUAAUUAUUCGAACGAUGCCAAAACUAAACUUAUGAUCCGCUGCGUCGGUUUGAUACUGCAAUGGUGGAACUCGGAAGGAGUCCUUAACGAGCACGUCAUUGAGCAGUACUUCCUACCGGACGCUGGAGACACGACGUACCGUGAGCGAACGGCUGUCUGUGUCGAGACUAAAGCACCGGAAGGUGAUGCACUGUGCAGCAGAGCGUUUGAAACGUUCCAGUGCUACCUGCAGCAGUACGGCGAGCUUAUUCACUGUCCCAAGGUGGUACCUCUGAGUGACGAGCGGCUUGCCGAAACCAUGCACUUCUGUCUGGACGUGUUGAGUUUGCCGCUGUCGUACUUCGAGAACUGUACCAGCUCGGCUGAAUUGUUCCUCGCCACAGACCAGUCCCGUUGCCUGCUGCGCUGUUUCGUCAUCCGGGCGGGACUUUAUUCGGACCAACACGGACCUUUUGCGGAACGAUUCAGGCUACAGUUCGGUCCACUCAAAGCGGACGUCUUCGACAAUGAUCUGGAAGGUGACUACUGUGUGACUCGGUUGCGCCGCGAAGGAUAUGACGAAUGUUCGUUGGCGGCACGGUCUCUUUACGAGUGUUACUACUUCGCGGACACCCUUCUUCCGACCUUCGAGCGCAUAAUACCCAUUCUACAGUUAGUCAUGUUGUCUACAUUGGACGAUUCAUCCGAAGAGGAGGGGAUUGAUACAAGUUAUUGUUCAACAAACAAAAUAAAACAAUGCGAAUAG